AUGUCAAAUCACGAAUAUUAUGGCGAAUACAUCCCCGAACAUCUGGCGGCAGUUAAUCAGGCAAAGCAGUCGGAGUUCACCUAUAAUGCCAGCAGUAGCUUCUCCACAGAGCAGACAGAUGGUGGCCAUUCCCAGGCCGGGCCAGUUUCAUUAACCCAAGGACAGUGGCAGGGACAAGACUACGCUUGUAGUGUGGAUAGCGUGUCAGAAGGCGAGAGGAGCUUGGGUUCCACAGUCAUUGGAGGAGCAGGGGGCGCGUUUUUUGGUCAGCAGGUUGGGAAGAAAUCGAGUCAUGGGAUCAUAGCAGAUUAA